AAGCCCAACUAGGGUUCUCUCCCAUUCCAGGUCCUUCCCCAGCAUUCCAACUUCUCCCCAGACGCGACGCCGUCAGCCCGUCACGCCGACUUCCGCCCCGGUGAUCACCGUAACCCUAGCUCCGGCACCUCUAUCGCCUGGCUCUAUUCCAUCGCUGUGCGUGGCCUCUCGGACUUCCUUGCCGGAUUGAUCGCUGGUUGGGAUGGCAACGCCUCUUAUAGCAGGACUUGCAGUUGCAGCAACUGCUCUUGCUGGUAGAUAUGGCAUCCAAGCUUGGCAAGCUUAUAAGGCAAGGCCUAUAGUUCCAAGGAUGCGCAAAUUCUAUGAAGGUGGCUUUCAACCUACAAUGAACCGAAGGGAAGCUGCAUUAAUCCUUGGUGUCAGGGAAUCUGCCAACACAGAGAAGGUCAAAGAGGCACACAAGAGGGUUAUGGUCGCCAACCAUCCAGAUGCGGGUGGAAGUCAUUACCUUGCUUCAAAGAUUAACGAGGCGAAGGAUGUGUUGACGGGGAAAACCAAAGGAGGCGGGUCGGCCUUUUGAUUGGAGAAUGAACAUUGUGUUCUUCCACUGGAAGGAUAAUUUUGUACCUCCAGACUUAGCAUUAGAAGAUAGACACAAGUCUUGGUGUAAUGAAAAUUUUUGGACAAAGAAUAUUGGAUCUUUUUGGAGUAGGUUAUUAACUUCUUAAUAAAACUCAAGGCUCAGUUGUGCCCA